UUUUUGCGUUAUAAUAGAAUUAGAAAACGUUAUUUGAAAAGCUACAAUGACGAAAAGAGAAAUUGAGGUGAAGCAGGGAAAUAAUUCCCAAUACUUCGAAGUUGAUGAUGACACAAUAUCGUUAUCAUCAUUAAAAAUUUACUACCCUGAGAUAUCUAGAUUAACCUAUAUAAAAAAUGGAAAGUUUUUUUGCGCAUUGGUGGAAGGAAAUAACCUUAAAUGUGCUCCUGGUGUUGAUACGUACCACGUAUUUGCGAAAAAAGGCUCGGCAAGUUCACCUGCAACUCUCUCACAAGUGCAGAAAGAGAAAUUUCAAUCUUUGAUGAAUAUUAUCGUUAAUAAAGCAGAACAAGAUAAACCAAAAGAUGUUGAAAAACGUAAAAAAAUCAAUGAAAAAAAAAACUCCGACUCCAGCUCUGUCUCAGAAGUCUUCAGUAAAAGUGCAAGUUAUAUGGCAUCACAGAGAUGAUGAGAAACAAAAGUGGUAUAAAGGGCCUGGGGAAACGAAGGAAAUUGAGCUCUUCAAAAACGUUGAUUAUUCAGUAUUGGAAGUUAAGAUGAUGUGCAUUGCAGCUUAUAAAAACAUAUUAAAUGCAAACUAUUUUGAAAAAGGCACUGUGGACAUUGGACGAAAAAAUUUCGAUGUGAUUCAAGAUUUUGGUACUGGAGGAUUCUGGAGCUUCUGGAAAUCAGCCUGCUCUAAAGCUCAUAGAGCUGUUACUCUUUAUAUGUACACAUAUUUAUCAGAGAGAAGCGCACAAAGUGAUUCGAAGGAAAACGAAGCAAUUUCCUUAAAUAUUUUGCCCUCUUGCAAAUCUCGUUAUAAUAAACCAAUAGCAGAAGAAAAAAAAGAGACUGUUGUGAAAUCCCAAGUUACAGAUGAGCACGAUUUUGUACAGCCAAAACCAGUAACAUCUUUUUCAACGCCAAAAAAAAAUGAGAUUCAGCUCCCCCAAUGAUUUAGUUCAAUCAGAGACUCCUAUGCAAUCGUUUAUUACAAAUGAUCAUUCUGCAAAGUUAAAAACCGUAUUGUAUCCUUCAUCGCUAAAAAAAAAGGAUUCAGUUCAAUUAGUGAUAUAAAUAAAGUGAAAUUGGACAUUGCUACCCAAAUUCCUGUGACAGAUCUAGUAUUCUCAAAUACAGUACUUGGUAAAGGAGCAUUUGGAGAAGUUAGAAAAGGAGUUUGGUGUUAUAACUAAGUGGCAAUAAA